AUGUCUAUGUUGGUAGCGAAAAAAGAUGCUCAGGAUGUGGAUUACACCAUCAAGCCUGAAGCUACAACACCAACGGUUGAUACAAGCUCAUGGCCGCUACUAUUGAAGAACUACAGCAAUUUAAUGGUUCGAACUGGUCACUUUACACCUAUUCCCAAUGGCUGCACCCCGCUCAAGCGGGACCUAAAAUCAUACAUCAGCUCUGGGGUUAUAAACCUCGACAAACCCUCCAACCCCUCUAGUCACGAAGUCGUCGCAUGGGUUAAACGCAUGUUAAGAGUUGAGAAGACAGGUCACAGCGGUACCCUCGAUCCCAAAGUCACAGGAUGUUUGAUCGUCUGCAUUGAUCGCGCAACAAGACUUGUCAAGUCACAACAAGGAGCAGGAAAGGAGUAUGUCUGCGUUAUCCGAUUACAUGACAAGCUACCGGGUGGUGAAGCGCAAUUUGCGCGCGCUCUGGAGACUUUGACUGGUGCCCUCUUCCAACGUCCUCCUUUGAUCUCAGCUGUUAAGCGACAACUGCGUAUCCGUACCAUCCACGAAAGCAAGCUCUACGAAUUCGAUAAUGAUAGACAUUUGGGUGUAUUCUGGGUUAGCUGUGAAGCAGGAACCUAUAUCCGUACUCUCUGUGUUCAUCUAGGACUGUUGUUGGGUGUUGGUGCUCAUAUGCAAGAGUUGCGACGUGUGCGAAGUGGUGCUAUGGAGGAGAGCGCAAAUAUGGUUACUCUGCACGAUGUUUUGGAUGCGCAGUGGAUGCAGGAUAACACCCGAGAUGAGUCGUAUCUGAGAAGGGUUAUUGCGCCUUUGGAGACACUUCUUACUACCUACAAGCGUAUUGUGGUCAAGGAUAGCGCAGUGAAUGCCGUAUGCUACGGUGCUAAGCUCAUGAUUCCAGGAUUACUCAGAUAUGAGCAUGGUAUUGAAGUCCACGAGGAAGUCAUUCUGAUGACAACAAAGGGAGAGGCUAUCGCGCUCGGUAUCGCACAGAUGUCAACCGUUGAGCUCUCAACCUGUGACCACGGAGUGGUCGCCAAAGUCAAGCGCUGCAUCAUGGAACGUGAUCUUUACCCAAGAAGAUGGGGUCUUGGUCCAGUCGCCCUGGAGAAGAAGAAGAUGAAGUCAGAUGGCAAGCUCGACAAAUACGGUCGGCCUAAUGAGGCUACUCCUGCCAAGUGGAACACCGAGUAUAAAGAUUUCAACGCUCCGCUCGACGGCUCAACUCCUGCUCCCCGUGUAACGGAAGUCACAGAAGACGCUCCUGCCGCCCCAUCAUUCGACGCUGAUGCCUCAGUGGCCGAUGUAUCGAUGAUAAGCAAUGGCGUGGACGAGAGUGGCAAGAAGAGAAAGCGUCACGAGGGCGAGACAGCAGAGGAGAAGGCCGAGCGGAAGCGGAAGAAGAAGGAGAAGAAAGAGAAGAAGGCAAAGAAGGAAGGCAAAAAAGCAGUGGAAUCCGAUGAUAGCGAAUAA